CGCGCUCAUACCCAACAUGCAUCGCUCUCGUACAGGCGCCAUCUUUGGAAAACCGUGUUGAAAUUCUAAGCAGAUCCUCGUUUUGGUAGCUCGCGUUUAUGUUUGCUCCGCCUGGUUAUUUUACCGUCGGUUUAAGCAUAACAAUGGGGGUGAAAGUGCAGCGUCCUCGCUGUUUCUUUGACAUUGGUAUCAGUAAUACACUUGUUGGCCGCGUAGUCAUUGAGCUUUUCUCAGAUGUUUGUCCCAAGACGUGUGAAAAUUUCCGCUGCCUGUGCACAGGUGAAAGGGGGAUUGGAAAAACAACCCAAAAACCUCUACACUACAAAGGAUGUCUGUUCCAUAGAGUAGUAAAGGACUUCAUGAUACAGGGUGGAGACUUUAGUGAAGGCAAUGGCAGAGGAGGUGAAUCCAUUUAUGGAGGCUUCUUUGAAGAUGAAAGCUUUUCUGUCAAACAUAAUAAGGAGUUCCUCCUGUCAAUGGCAAACAGAGGCAAAGACACCAAUGGCUCACAGUUCUUUAUAACUACAAAACCUUCUCCUCAUCUGGACGGAAUUCAUGUGGUGUUUGGUCAGGUGAUCUCAGGCCAGGAGGUCAUUCGGACGAUCGAGGCUCAGAAGACAGACACUAACAGCCGACCAUACGCAGAGGUUAAAGUGCUCAACUGUGGCGAGCUCGUCCCCAAAUCCAAAGCUAAGAAAGAGAAGAAGAAACGUCAGUCGUCCAGUGAGAGCAGCGAUGUCACUUCCUCCUCAGAGUCUUCCUCUGAGUCUGAGAAGUCUGAUGAAGAGAAGCAGAAAAAGAAACACAAGAAGGAGCAAAAGAAGAAGAAGAAGAAGAAGGAACAGAAGCACAAAAAGAUAAAGGAAAAAGAGUCUGAUGAUGGUGUUGGGGAGCCAGAGCCUCCACAGACCGUUUCAUCAAUCCAUCCAGACGAAGUCCCGCCCGUCCCAGAGAAUCGCUUCCUGAUGCGGCGGAGUCCUCAGCCACAGCCCAAAGAGGAGCAGGGGAAAGACAAGCACAAAGAGGAUUCUGGGAAAGAGAGGCAACGAGAGAGAGAGCGAGACAGGGAUAGACCCAUGUUGAACUCCAGGCCAAAUCGGACCCGCCUGGUAUUGACCAGAUCAGGACGCAGAAUUAAAGGGAGAGGACCUAGGCGCUACCGAACUCCAUCGCGAUCGCGUUCCCGCUCCUGGGACCGGUUUCGGCGCAGUGAGACUCCGCCACACUGGAGGAAGGAAAUGCAGAGGACCCACAGGGUCAAACCCAGCACCCCGACUGCACAGGACCGCUGGAUCAAAGGAGACAAAGGAGACGCGUCUGAGGAGAAGACGGAGACCACAGAGCCGGUGGAGGGAGAGAUGACCAGCGUAGAGCGGGAGAGGAAGAACUCCGACCGGGAGAAGAAGGAAAGCAAACGCAACACAUCAAGUAGCCCCUCUAAAGGCCGGGAGAGGAAGAGCGGCCGACAGCGUUCCAGGAGCCGGGAAAAGGAUGGGCGGAAAAAGACGGAUGGAGACAUGGAAAAACGGAAGGGGCGGAGUCGCAGCAAGAGCAAGGACAGGAAGGGAGAGAGGGACCAUACACGCAGCAAAGCGGACGAUAGGAGGGGUCGGUCGGGCAGCCCCGAGGCCAAAGACGCAGAAGAGAGAAAGGGGAGAGAACAGGAGAGCCAGAGUAAGGAUCGUGCGGCUCUGGCCGAGAGCAACGACAAGGACAAACCGAAAGAGGACGGCAGGAAGGGGAAGGACGACCAGCGCGGACGCUCACGCAGCCAAGAGCGACACACCAAGCGCAGGUCCAGGUCCAGGGGGCGUGGCCAGAGGGGCUCAUCACGUGAUCGGGGGCGGGACAGACGGCAAAGCGGCAGUCGAGACAGGAAGUCGCGACGAUCAAAAAGCAGAGAGAGGGGCAGAGAGCAAGGGAGGGAUAGAGACAAGAGGAGGAGCUCGGAGCGCACCAAGAGCAAAGGGACCCGGGGCAGAGACAGAAGCUCUAAAGAGCGCUCCUCUCGCACCCACAGGAGUGAGCAGCAGACCAGGCGCAGGCGAGGGCGCAGCACCAGCGGUUCUGACAGCGAUAAAGAUAAACGCAAGAAGAGAUCGAAGAGUGAGAGUCCUAAGACCAGAGACAAAUCCCAUAGCCCCCAGAAAGACAAAGAUCACCACAGGAACCUGAAAAAGGAGUCGAGCUCUAGUGAUAGUGACUGAGCCCUUCAGAUUCACUCACUCAUACUGCCCGUCACCUGGAUCUCCUGCCUCACAAGAACGGUUGUAUGAAUAAGGAUACGUGAUCUCCACACUGCAGUUAGACUCACUUAUUUUUUUUCUUUUUCUUUUUUUUUUUUAAGAACAUUAGACCGGGAGGCUUUAGCUACAUAGAGCAGAGGAGCUGUUUAUUUCAGCUGGUUCUUAAUGCAGGGUUUACCAAGACCUUGACUGUUCCCCUCCCCUCUCACAACCUUCUUUGCUUGUUUUGCAGAAAGUUUUUUUUUUUUUCCUCUUAUCAAAUGGAAAUUUGUUCGCAAACAUUUUCUAGGUUGAUUUUGCCUUCUGUGUCUUGUCUGUAUUCAGCUGUGUGUUCUUAAUCUUUAGAGAGAAAGACAGGUUGGCAAUCUGUAUUUUGGAGUUUUAUAUGGCUUUUAUGUUUGUAAUAACAUCCUGACAACUGUCAAUUCUGUUAAAUUCAAGAAUUAAAAAGUGAUACUGAAA